CGUGGCCAGGAAGCCGGAAACGAAAGGGAAGCUGGGCGGCGAGCGAGAGCCGGAGUGGGCUUUGGGGUAGGGGAGGAGGUCGUUGCCGCGCUCGCCGACCGCGGGGGCUGGUUGGCCGAAGGCGCCUGAGAGGAUAAAGCCGCGCGCCUUUGCUUGGACCAUCUGGACGGCGUGAAGAUAGUCUUCACCUAACAACCACAAUUGGAAGUGGCAACUCUGCUGAGCUAUGGGGUCAUUAAGUGAAACAACAUGUGACCGUGUUGAACUUAGUGUUGGUUCCUGUAUGGUCAUUAAGCAAAUCACCCAAAGUUGUUAAGCAAGACAUCACAUGUCCACAACUUGCAACUUACUGCUAAUUUUACUAUUUGGGAGCAAAUAUGCAGAGUACUUCAAAUUAUCUGUGGCUUCUAUCAGACAUCCUGGGACAAGGAGCUACUGCGAAUGUUUUCCGUGGACGACACAAGAAAACUGGAGACUUGUAUGCUGUCAAAGUAUUUAAUAACUUUAGCUUCCUUCGUCCUGUGGAUGUUCAGAUGAGGGAGUUUGAAGUGUUAAAGAAACUAAAUCACAAGAACAUCGUCAAAUUAUUUGCCAUAGAAGAAGAGACAACCUCUAGACAUAAAGUCCUUGUUAUGGAAUUUUGUCCAUGUGGCAGUUUAUAUACAGUUUUGGAAGAGCCGUCUAAUGCUUAUGGAUUGCCAGAAACAGAAUUUUUAAUUGUAUUGAGAGAUGUUGUGGCUGGUAUGAACCAUCUUCGAGAAAAUGGAAUAGUGCAUCGUGACAUCAAACCAGGCAAUAUAAUGCGUGUUAUAGGUGAAGAUGGUCAAUCAGUUUAUAAACUAACAGAUUUUGGGGCUGCUAGAGAGUUGGAUGAUGAUGAACAGUUUGUCUCUCUCUAUGGAACAGAAGAAUAUUUGCAUCCUGACAUGUAUGAGCGAGCAGUAUUGCGGAAGGACCACCAAAAGAAGUAUGGAGCAACAGUUGACUUAUGGAGCAUUGGAGUGACCUUUUAUCAUGCUGCAACUGGAAGUCUACCAUUUCGACCUUUUGAAGGUCCACGCAGAAAUAAGGAAGUGAUGUAUAAAAUUAUAACUGGAAAACCUUCUGGUGCAAUAUCUGGAGUACAGAAAGCAGAAAAUGGUCCCAUUGAAUGGAGUCGUGAUAUGCCUAUUUCCUGUAGUCUUUCUAAGGGAUUGCAGGUACUGCUUACACCUGUCCUUGCAAAUAUUCUUGAAGCAGAUCAAGAAAAGUGUUGGGGAUUUGAUCAGUUUUUUGCAGAGACAAGUGACAUACUGCAUCGGAUAAUUAUUCAUGUCUUCUCUCUUCAACAAAUGACUGCACACAAAAUUUAUAUUCACAAUCAUAAUAAUGUUACCAUAUUUAAUGAACUUGUCUACAAACAGACAAAAAUACCUUCACACAAUCAAGAAUUGAUAUAUGAAGGACGGCGUUUAGUACUAGAACCUAGCAGACUGGCACAAGCUUUCCCUAAAACCACAGAGGAAAAUCCUAUAAUUGUAGAAAGCAGAGAAGCUGUAAACGUCAUAGGAUUACUCUAUGAAGAAAUUUUGCUUCCUAAGGUUCAUCAACGUUAUGACUUGGAUAGCGAUGUAAGUAUGGCAAAAGCAGUAACGGGGGUUGUAUGUUAUGCCUGUAGAAUUGCCCGAGCCUUACUGCUUUAUCAAGAGCUCAUGCGAAAAGGAAUCAGAUGGCUAAUUGAACUCAUCAAAGAAGAAUACAAUGAAACAUUUCACAAAAAGACAGAGGUUGUUAUCAAGCUGGACUGUUGCAAUAGAAAUACAGAAAAAGCUAUGAAAAUAUACCAAAAUCUGGCACCAUCAGAAGUGGAUGACAUUUCAGAUAUACACUCAAAACUCUUACGGCUUUCUAGUUCUCAGGGAACAAUAGAGACUAGUCUUCAGGAUAUCAAAAACAAACUUUCUCCUAGUGGUUUACUAUCUGACAGCUGGACCAAUCAAGAUGGUACACAUCCGAAAGAUAGAAACCCAGAAAGGUUGCAAGUCCUACUGACUUCCAUAACAGAUAUUUAUUAUCAAUUCAAAAAAGACAAAGCAGAAAGAAGACUUCCUUAUAACGAAGAACAAAUUCACAAAUUUGAUAAGCAGAAACUAUUUUUGCAUGCCACAAAAGCUAUGACUCUGUUCAAGGAAGAAUGUGUCAACAAAUAUGAAACCUUCUUAGACAAGGCAGAGGAUUGGAUGAGAAAGAUGCUUCUUCUAAGGAAACAGUUACUAGGUCUUAGAAAAUUAUGCUUUGAUAUUGAAGAAGAAGUGUCCAAAUACCAGGACUAUGUAAAUGAGUUAGAUGAAACAUUGCCCCAUAAAAUGUUUGCUGCUUCCAGUGGGAUCAAACAUACAUUUAAUCCAGUUUAUCCAAGUUCAAACACCUUGGUGGAAAUGACUCUUGGGUAAGAAUUUUUAU